AUGUCACAUCCUGUUGCAGGUACUUCCAGCUUGCAGUCGGACCCACCCCGGAGGAGAAGACAAAGAGCGUGCGACAUAUGCAGGCACAAAAAAAUACGCUGUGAUGGCUCUCAAGUACUGGGAAGACGCUGUUCUCCAUGCAAAGCACAGAAUCUUCCAUGCACCUAUACGGACGAUGUGAAGAAACUAUGGCCAGACAAUCAGUCUGUCGUAGAGCUGCAGCAGAAACUGGAGAGAAUGGAGAGUCUGCUCGCUCAAUUGUCUCCGGGCACCGUGGUUCAGCAGGAAUUAGACCAAACCGUAGAAAACAAUCAACAGACGAACCCCAACACCAGUUUCUCGACUUCCAGGUUCAGCACACCUUCCGACCAACGGACGAAUACCAAUUUCCCGACCUCUACGUUCAGCACACCUCCUGAGCUCGAUGAGACAGAGUUUCCCGACGAAUACGAGGACGCCGAUGGAGCUGUCGGUACCAUAGGCGAGAAAAUAACCAGUAUCCUCGACCCCAUGCAGAACCUUUCCUUCAGCACCCCUCGCUUCUACGGCCAAUCGAGUGGUGUCUUGUCGGUCCACAAGGUGAUCAACUCCAGAAACGAUUCUGCGCAAUCUAGUCCCAGUCCUGAAGGAGAUCCGUUCAAUCUACGGCUUAAUUACAAGAGAGAGAAGUUCUGGAGUGUCGAUCCUUGGGAGCUUCCAGUCGGCGAGGAAAACGAGUGCAACUAUACCUUCCCCGAUCAUGAUCUUCUGAUUUCUCUGGUGGACCUUUAUUUCGAACACGUCAACGUCUUCACACCGGUUCUGCACCGGCCCACGUUCGAGCGAAGCUUCGCGGAAGGAUUACACCUGAAGGACCGGCAGUUUGGAGCUGUGGUGUUGCUCGUGUGCGCUGUCGCGUCCCGAUUUUCGCCGGAUCCACGAGUUUUAUACAAUGGCACCAAUUCAAGGUACUCAGCUGGUUAUAAGUGGUUCCAGGAGGUCCAGAUCGUGGAUAGACACUCUCUAUCGGCGGCUCUGACGCUGUAUGAGCUGCAAAUGUAUUGUCUUGCUGUCUUCUUCUCGCACUGGACAACCACUCCGCUCGCAUGCUGGACUAUCGUCGGCAUUGGCAUUCGGCGCGCGCAGGAUGUAGGCGUCCAUCGACGCAAGGUGCACCGUGGCAAAGUAGAUACGGUUGAAAAUGAACUCUGGAAACGGGGAUUCUGGGUUCUUGUCGUCAUGGAUCGUUACAUGAGCUCGGCUCUCGGGCGCCCUUGUGCUAUGCAAGAUGACGAGUUUGAUCUGGACUAUCCUGUGGAGUGUGAUGACGAAUUCUGGCUGCAGGAUGAUCCUGCUCAAUGCUUCAAGCAGCCGCCAGGCAGACUCUCUGUCAUAACAUUCUUUGUGCUUUACGUCAAGCUGCAGCAGAUAAUAGCAAUGGCUCUCCGCACAGUAUAUUCUAUCAACAUCCAGGUCAAGGUGCUCCGCCGUUUAGUCGGACCGGAUUGGCAGGAAAAGAUCGUCGCCGAGCUAGACUCGUCGUUGAACGAGUGGACGGACCUGAUACCAGAACAACUACGGUGGGACCCGUCCCGGGAGAUCAACCUCUUUUUCAACCAGUCAGCAAUGCUGUAUGCCUCUUACUACCAUGCGCAAAUCCUGAUCCACCGACCGUUCAUAUCCCCGGCCAAGAGGAAUUCAUCUUUGGCGUUACCUUCGAUCGUGAUAUGCACCAACGCCGCGCGCUCGGGGAGCCAGGUUGUCGGCCUCCACCGCCAGCGCUCAUCGGAGCUGCUGCCAUAUAUCCAUAUGCCCAUCUUCACGAACGGGAUCGUCCUGCUCUUGUACAUCUGGGGAAACAAACGGUUCGGGUUUCCUGUGGGGGAUGUGUCGAGAGACUGGGCAGCCGUCCGCCUCUGCAUGGAUGCGUUGAGGGCGGAAGAGACACGAUGGCAGGUUGCGGGUCGAUUGUGGGAUAUCUUACAUGAGCUCACUCGGAUCAUCGAACAGACCGAGCCUGCCUCCCCGGAUUUAUCUCGCCCUUCGGAAGUGACAGCUUCCCACGUUAGAAAUUCUGUGUCGAGCUUCACUGCGCCCUUGUCUGCUGCCAACAAUGACGUUGUGGGAGAGGGUGUGCGGGAAGGCCAAGUGCUUCAAGAGCAGAAAAGAGUCCCAUUCCAAGACUAUCAGCAGAGACGCCCGUCCGAUCGGUUAAGCACGAUGCCAGCCUCAUUCUCGCCGUCCCAGCCACACCGACAGUCCCCGCUCCAGCCGAUGAGCGGCGGUGGAGAGGGCACCAAGUUGCACAACCAGAUGGACCGCAACUUUGCAAGCGGUGCGUCGGACAUGGCGCUCACCGAGAAUCAGCCGUUUUACAACCAUAUGCCGAGCGGGCAAUCGUAUGCACCACAAGCGUGUAGUACCGCGCAAGACAUCCAGACGACGAUAGACAUGGACUGGUCGGCCAUGCAGGGCGUGGAAGGGCUCGACCCGGCGUUCACGGACGAUACGAUCGAGAUGUGGGGCAGCGCGCCGUCGAGCUUUGAGCUGGCCGAUUGGGACAUGUAUCUGAGUAAUGGGAUGGUUGUGACCGAUAAUCCUCCGCUUGGACCGACUUGGGGGGCCAUCCCCCAGUGA